CUAGCGUCGGCAUCGCAAUUCAGAAAAAACGGCGGCACUUUUUUUUCCUGCGUCGUAUGUAAAGUUGAAUCUUUGCUGCAACUGUGCAAAAAUGUAUGUGAAGAAGCUUGUGCUUGACGGCUUCAAGUCGUAUGGCAAGCGCACAGAAAUCGAUGGCUUCGAUCCCGAAUUCACGGCCAUCACGGGCCUAAACGGUUCAGGCAAAUCAAAUAUUUUGGAUUCGGUCUGUUUUGUGCUGGGCAUAAGUAAUUUGCAAAAUGUGCGUGCAUCUGCGUUGCAGGAUCUAGUGUACAAGAAUGGACAGGCAGGGAUAACAAAGGCAACAGUUACAAUUGUCUUUGACAACACAAAUGCGGCUCAAUGUCCGCCGGGAUAUGAGAAAUGCCGUGAAAUCUCCGUCACCCGGCAAGUGGUUGUCGGUGGCAAAAACAAGUUUCUCAUCAAUGGCAAACUGGUGCAGAACAAGAAAGUGCAGGACUUCUUCUGCUCCAUGCAGCUCAACGUGAACAAUCCAAAUUUUCUCAUCAUGCAGGGCAAAAUUCAGCAAGUGCUGAACAUGAAACCAAAAGAGGUGCUGUCCAUGAUUGAGGAGGCUGCCGGCACCAGCAUGUAUAAGUCAAAGAGAGAUGCGACCAAAACACUCAUUGAGAAAAAGGAGGCCAAGGUGCGCGAAACUUCGAUGCUGCUCGAUGAGGAGGUGCUGCCCAAGCUGGAGAAGUUGCGCAAGGAGCGGGCCGCCUACCAGGAGUACCAGAAAACGGUGCGCGACAUUGAGUUUCUCACGCACAUUCACAUCUCGGCCACAUAUCUGAAGCUGGACGAUGCCCUCCAAUCGGUGGAGGCCAACGAGCAAAAAAUCGAGCAUCGCAUCACCACUUGCCGCGAAACGCAUGCCAACAAUUUGGAUGAAGUGGAGCGCAUCGAGGGCACUGUGAAGGAAAUCCACCACAAAAUCGAUAGUGAGAUGGGCGGCACUCUCAAGGCGUUGGAGACAGAACUCGCUGCCAAGCGUGCCGUCGAGGCAACUGCCUCGGGCAGUCUGAAAGCAGCCAAGGGCACCAUUGAACAGGAUGAAAAGAAAAUACGCAUGGCCAGCAAGAAUAUUGCGGAAGACGAGCGUACGCUGCUCAAGAAACAGGAGGCCAUGUCCAACGUUCAGGGCGAAUUCCAAAACCUCAAGGAUGCGGAUGCAGCGGAUACCAAGGCCUAUGAGGAUGCACAGCGUAAAUUCGAGGCCGUAUCCCAGGGCCUAUCCACCGAUGAGGAUGGCCAGGCUGUCACACUGCAGGAACAGUUAAUCGCUGCCAAACAACAUUUGAGCGCGGCACAGACGACAAUUAAAACCUCCGAAAUGGAGUUGCGCCACACGAGGACUCUGCUCCAGCAGAAGCAGGGUGAGACGCAGACAAAUGAUGCGGCCUACAUCAAGGAUAAGAAACUGCACGAUCAGCUCGAAGGGGAAAUCAAGAACAUGGAACGCCAACUGCAGGGCCUCAACUACGAGGACGGCCACUUCGAGCAGCUGAAGGAGCGCCGCCAACAAUUACACAACCAGGUGCGUGAGCUGAAGCGAGAUGUGGAACGUCGCAGUGAUCCACGCUAUGUGCUCCAUUACCAAGAUCCCGAGCCCAAUUUCGAGCGGCACAAAGUUCGCGGCAUGGUGGGCAAGCUGUUCAAGGUCAACGAUAUGGUUAACUCCAUGGCUCUAAUGAUGGCAGCUGGCGGCAACUUGUAUAGCUUUGUGACCGACGAUGAUGUGACCAGCAAAAAGAUCCUGCAACGUGGAAAUCUACAGCGUCGCGUCACCCUGAUUCCACUCAACAAGAUCAGGUUUAAUGCGCUGAAUCAAAAAGCCAUUGAUUACGCAAAGGCCACAUAUGGUCGCGACAAUGUGGAGUCUGCUUUGGCGCUCAUUGAUUACGAUCGCUACUAUGAUCCCGUAAUGAAGUAUGUCUUCGGCGGCACUCUCAUAUGCAAGGAUCUGGAGGUGGCCAAAGGGCUAAGCGCUGAUCGCAACAUUGGAGCACGUUGUGUAACCCUAGAGGGUGACGUUGUGGACGCAAUUGGUACAUUGUCCGGUGGAGCGGCGCCCAAAGGUGCCAAUAAACUUGAAGAAUUGAACAGCAUCAGAAUUCUGGAGAACGAGCUCCAGCAAAAGAUGAAUGAACUGCAGCAAGUGGAGCAGCAAUUAGCUUCCAUUGAGAAUCUGGCACGCAGCCACAACAAGUUGAAGGAGUCACUUGAGCUGCGCCAGCAUGAGUUGUCCAUGUGCAAGACUCGCUUGUCGCACACCGAUUUCCAGCAGAAUCAGGCGGAAAUCGAAGAGAUGCAACAGAAAGUGAAAAGCUUGGAGCAACAGAAUGCCGAUGCGCGCGAGAAACAAAAGAGCUCCCAGGCCAAGGUGAAGGAUGUGGAGGCAAAGCUAUCCGAUGCAAAGGGUUAUCGCGAACGCGAACUCAAAGCGGUCAGCAAUGAGAUUAAGGUGACCAAGCAGAAGGCCGAGAAAUCGCGUGCCAACUGGAAGAAGCGUGAGCAGGAGUUCGAGACGCUGCAGCUGGAAAUUAGUGAGCUGCAGAAGAGCAUUGAGACGUCCAAGCAGCAGCAUCAGGAGAUGAUCGACAAUCUCGACAAGUACAAGGCCGAGUUGGAUGCCCUGCAGCGGAAUAGCUCGGGGGCGGCAACGGAAGUUGCCCAACUGGAGGCAGCGAUCAAGCAGCAAAAGGACAGUCAGAAUCAACAGAACAGGGAGAUGCGUACGCUGCUGGCCAAAAAGGAUAAACUGCUCAAGCACAACCAGGAGCUUGAGCUCGAGGUGAAGAAGAAGGAGAACGAAAAGAAGAAGAUUAGUGGAGAGGCACAGGAUGCCAAGACGCGUAUGAAUGCGCUGGUUGUCAAAUAUCCCUGGAUACCAGAGGAGAAGAAUUGCUUUGGCAUGAAGAACACACGCUACGACUACAGCAAACAGGAUCCGGUUGAGGCGGCCAACAAGCUGGUCAGCAUGCAGGAGAAGAAGGCCAAAAUGGAACGCACUCUGAACAUGAAUGCGAUGCAGACACUUGAGCGCGAGGAGGAGAAUUACAAUGAGACGGUGCGUCGUCGUCAAAUCGUUGCCCUCGACAAGGAAAAAAUCAAGAAGAUCAUUGUCAAGAUGGACGAAGAGGAGCAGGGUCAGGUGCAGCGCGCCUACGAGGCGGUCACUCAAAACUUUAGCAGUAUAUUCAGCACCCUGCUGCCGGGUGCCGAGGCACUGCUCAAACCCGUCCAUACCAACGGCAUCCUGAGUGGCCUCGAGAUAAAGGUCGGCUUCAAUGGCGUCUUCAAGGACAGCCUGGGCGAGUUGUCCGGUGGUCAAAAGUCUUUGGUGGCUCUGUCGCUGGUGCUGGCCAUGCUAAAGUUCUCACCAGCUCCGCUGUACAUCCUCGACGAGGUGGACGCCGCGUUGGACAUGUCGCACACCCAAAACAUUGGCAGCAUGCUCAAGCAGCACUUUCGGGACUCGCAGUUCCUCAUCGUCUCGCUCAAGGAUGGCCUCUUCAAUCACGCGAAUGUCCUGUUCCGCACCCAGUUCUUGGAGGGCGUCUCAACCGUUUCGCGCACAGUCAGCCGCGUUGCAAAGCGUUAGUUGUUGCUCCUUAAGAAUUCCAAAUAGAAUCAUCCACAUCUUGUUCUCAUUGCAUACAUGAAGUAUAAUCAAUAAAAUAGCGCAUAUUAUUAUUA